AUGAGCCGCCGUGACCGCGACCCCGGGAUGCCGCCGCCGCUCACCGUGGCCCCGGGGCGGCUGGCGGAGGCGGCGGCGGCGCGGGGCUCGGAGCGGGAGGAACUGGCGGCACUGAACGAUCGUUUCGCCGCUUUCCUGGAGCGGGUGCGGGCGCUGGAACGGCAGAACGGGACCCUCCGCGCCGCCCUGGGCCGCGCCACCGCCGCCACCGGGCCCCGCACCGGGCUGGUGCAGGGGGAGCUGCGGGGGCUGCGGGAGCGGCUGCAGCGCCUCGGCCGCGACCGGGACCGGCUCCAGGCGGAGCGGGACGGGCUCGCCACCGACCUGGCGGCCCUGCGGCAGCGGCUGGUGGACGAGACACAGAAGCGUGAGGAUGCCGAGAAGAGUCUGGUGCUGUUCCGCAAGGACGUGGACCACGCCACGCUGUCUCGCCUGGAGCUGGAGCGCAAGGUCGAGCUGCUGAUGGACGAGAUCGGCUUCCUCAAGAAGCUGCACGAGGAGGAGCUGCGGGACCUGGAGGUGAGUGGCCCCAGCGCGGCGGGGCUGGCCGAGGUGGAGGUGUGCAAGCCGGAGCUGACGGCUGCGCUGCGGGAGAUCCGCACCCAGUACGAGAGCAUCGCCGUCAAGAACCUGCAGGAAGCCGAGGAGUGGUACAAGUCAAAGUUUGCCGACCUGUCGGAUGCUGCAAACCGCAACCACGAGGCGCUGCGGCUGGCCAAGCAGGAGAUGAACGAGUCCCGCCGGCAGAUCCAGAGCCUGACCUGCGAGGUGGACGGGCUGAAGGGCGUGAACGAGGCGCUGCAGCGGCAGAUGCGGGAGAUGGAGGAUGAGUUCGGGGAGGAGAUCGGGAACUACCAGGAUGUGGUGGGGAGGCUGGAGCAGGAGAUCCAGCAGAUGAAGGAGGAGAUGGCGCGGCACCUGCGCGAGUACCAGGACCUGCUGAACGUCAAGAUGGCCCUGGACAUCGAGAUUGCCACGUACCGCAAGCUGCUGGAGGGCGAGGAGAGCCGGAUCACCAUCCCACUGCACCCCAGCACCUCCUUCAGCACGAGGAGCUCAGUGCUGGAGCCGCAGCCUGCAGAGAGCCCGGCACGGAGGAUGGUGCUCAUCAAAACCAUCGAGACACGGGACGGGCAGCAAGUGGUGACGGAGUCGCACAAGGAGCGAGCGGGGAAGUGA